GGUCUGCUCGAACCCCGGUCGGCUGAAAGGCCUGUCGACGAUGGUGAUGACCCUCCCGGCGGGCCGCUGAGUGACGACGCUCGGCCCCCUCUCGAGCGGCGCUCCAUGGACGCGCGCCGGCGCGGCAUGCCGGGCGCGCCUCCGGCCGUCGCGGGCCAGCAGGCCACGACGCCGGCCUCCUCCUUCUCCUCCUCCUCCUCCUCUUCUUCCUCUUCGUCGUCGCACGCCAAAUCCUUGGCCUUCUCCAUCGAGCGGAUCAUGGCUCGGACGCCCGAACCCAGGGCAGUGCCGCUGCCCGGCUGGUUCCGGCCGGCUCCGGCGAGGCUGCCCGACGUGUGCCCGUCAUCGCUGCACUGUAUGAUCCCGCUGGUUCCGCUCGGUUACGCGGAGCAGCACCGGCUCGCCCUCCACCAGGGCUGCCCGGAGGCGGGGGCAGCGGUGCUGGCCGCGGACGUCCCCCCGGCAGCGACGGACCUGCUCGGGUUCGGACUCAACUACGCCGGCCGGCAGGAUGAGCCCGCCCGGAAUCAGCCGGACGGCGGCCAUUACAAACUUUUCCGGCCCCGCGUGGUGACCCAGUCGGCGUUCCCGUCACGAGGUACCGUGUGCUACCUCAACUGCAGCGGCGGCGCGGGCGGCGGUGCCGGGGACGCCGGUCCGGCGGGGCUCCUCAACCUGCACCCGAUGGCCUCGUACCUGCUGUCCGGCCGGCACAAAGCGGGCCCGCUUCCCUACCAGGCUGCGCAGAACCACCUGCAGAGCCUCAUCAAGGAGCGCGACUUUGGGGAGAAGAUUCUCAAGAGCUCGUCGUCGUCCUCGGCGGCGGCGGCAGCGGCGGCGGCGGCGGCGGCGAGACUUGCUGGAGGAAAACCCAAAGUGUUCACCUGCGAAGUCUGCGGAAAAGUGUUCAACGCGCACUACAACCUGACUCGCCACAUGCCCGUGCACACGGGCGCGCGCCCGUUUGUCUGCAAAGUCUGCGGAAAAGGUUUCAGGCAGGCCAGCACACUCUGCAGACACAAGAUUAUACACACUCAGGAAAAGCCUCACAAGUGCAGCCAGUGCGGCAAAGCGUUCAACCGCAGCUCGACGCUCAGCACGCACACGCGCAUCCACGCCGGCUACAAACCUUUCGUCUGCGAGUUCUGCGGCAAAGGAUUCCACCAGAAAGGCAAUUACAAGAAUCACAAGCUGACGCACAGCGGCGAGAAGCAGUUCAAGUGUUCCAUCUGCAGCAAAGCCUUCCACCAAGUCUACAACCUCACCUUCCAUAUGCACACGCACAACGACAAGAAGCCCUUCACCUGCCCCACCUGCGGCAAAGGCUUCUGCCGAAACUUCGACCUCAAGAAGCACGUCCGCAAGCUGCACGAGCACGCCGCCAUGGCCAUCCAGCGGGCCGCUGCCUCGCCGCCGCCUGUGGCGACGCAGCGGCCCUGAGCCCCGGACACGGGCCGCUCGCCAUUCGAAACCGCAGAAAGUCAUCGGACCGCGUCUGUUCCGCCAUAUAGAAAGAUUCUAUUGAAAUAGUCCUCCUUCAGAGGCCCAUCUUCUUCUUUCAAACAGUUUUAAUCACAAUCAUGUGCCAACAUCUAGUGGCCGACGGUGGAACUACAGUCAUCAUGAACAGAAGAAAAUGGAGGUGUAAUUAGACCACCUCUCCCCAAAACAAUGUGAAGAAAUCAUUUAAAAAAAGCAAACCAGUCACUUUUUGUUCCCAAUUGCCAAAUGCCCAGAAUGCAUGACACUCGGCGUGACCACGCCCACUUCCUGGUGCUUUUUUUUUUUUUUUUGAUUACCCUUGCAUCGAACCUUUUGCAUCAGCAGACGUCUUUGGACUUGGCUGACAGGCGCUUGAGUGAGUGACAAGAAACGAUUAGGCAGUUUUUCGAAUGGAUGUCUUCCCACUGCUGAGGUGAAUUUCCACCUCAAGUCCCAAAAAAACUCAAGUUCUUGGUUACUGUUUUCUAGUUUAGACAAGGUUCCUACCAGAGCCCAGCCCAAAGCUUCUUGGAUCUAUCAAAAGUACUCUCCUGUCGUAUCGUCUUCUUUUGACCCC